AUGGGUAGUCGAAAAUAUGCAAAUGAAACUAAGGAUGGAUGGAUAUGUGUGGAUAUUUUUGGUCGCUUCAUCUGGUUUACAUUUCAUCUUCAUCAUCAUCAUCAACUUCAAUCUGGGCAGAUCAAGAGCAAAAGAAAAACUUCCGACUUUCGCAACAAACCAAAAGUUCAACAAGCUCAGACCAUGGAAUUUUCUACAACGAGAAGAAACAAUUUGUUUUCGUCAAAUGACAAUCGAAGAGAAGACAAACGACUGGAGCAAGAAAAGGAAAAAUAA